CCUGCCAAGUGUGGAAAUGGAUUGAUUGAUGAGGGGGAAGAUUGUGAUUGCAGUCUAUUUCCUGCUUGUUCUACAGAAUGCUGUGAUCAGAGUACUUGCAAGUUUAGACCUGGCAGUGAAUGUGCUACAGGGUUGUGUUGUGAUUUCAAUACGUGUAAAAUCAAAUCAGUUGGAGUGGUCUGUAGGCUCAAGCAGGACGAAUGCGAUUUACAAGAUACAUGUGAUGGUAGUUCGAACCUCUGCAAAGAUCUUUAUAAUCAAGAUGGCUCCAUGUGCACGGUGAGUAAUUCAAUGAGUAAUUAA